UACAGCUGCUGUGAACAUGGGCGCCUGCUGGCUGGGUGAUUCGAUGAGCUGCUUUCUUCCUCAUAACGACCCAAUUUGAACCCUUGAUUACAGAUCAAAAUGGAUAACGGCCUAGUGGAUGGUGAUCUCCCGCACGACAUUCAGUUUCAUGAUCAUCAUGACAACAGUCUCCUUAAUUCCUUGGAUCUUAACAGCAGCUUGGAAGACGCACAAGAUGGGGAUGUAGAUACCACACUGAACCAUGUCAAUGCAGGAGUUGACUAUGUGCCUAAUGGGGGGGCUUACAAUAGUAUCCCGGAGGAAGAUAACUUCAAUUACCUUGAUGUUGAUCCUGGGUUUGGGGCUGGUACCACACCACCAAGGAAUCACCGGGAGGAAAUUAGGAGACAUAGUAGAUCUCGACAGUCACCCAAGCCUCUCCGGCUGAAUAUCCCUAAACGGGAAAGCUUCAAUGCUGGAAACCGCAGGAAUCUGGUGAGGAUGGAUAAAGUGGAUGAGGGAGAGGCUUUUAUUCAUCCUGUCUUGGGAAGCACAGCCAUGCAACAGAAACGUAAGAGCAUCACAAUGGAAAGGAACCAUCAGCGAGAGUAUAAACACUGCUCCAAUAGUGGUGAUGCUGCAGAUGGCCCAGGGAUUCAUAUACCCCAAGCUGGCCACAGUUUCUUCGAUCCUCUUCCAUCACCCAUUCCAAAGGUUGACUCUAACAUCUUCUUCCGCAGCCUGAACUCACAGCAAGUAAGUCAAAGCCCCCCAGUCUCACCACCCGUUGUCAAAACUAAAAAACAUUCCAUUGGAAAGGCUCAGUGUCCGGAAGAUCGCAUUAGCUUUCAUCGUAUUUUCUCUGAGAUGAUUCGCAUCGGAGGUGCUAAAAAGGAUGCAGUGAGUGAAAACAAGAAUGUUGUCAGUCAGCAGAAGAACUGGUUUCAGACCGAGUGGAAUCAGCUCUUGUGGUUGGGGAUGAAAGCCUUUCAAAACAGUAUCAGCAUGAUGGAGGAGGACCAGAGGCUUAUUGAGGCCCGGGAAAUGAUUCCUGAUGUCCUCAAAUCCAUUUUGGUCUUUAAGUUUAUUUCCUCACCCUCAAAAGGCAAGGGUCCAACACGGUGCACACUCAAACGUUUUCACAAACGAAGGCUGCUAUCCUCUGGUGAGAAUCUGUCAAUGGGAAACCAGGGUGAUACUGGAUCUGAUUCUGAUCGGAGUGUACGAAGCUAUGACAGUGAGCCGCAACAGGCCUGUGACACAUGCAGUACACCUUUCUUGAAUCACAGAGGCAGCAUGGGUGUGGGUAUGUGCAUGCCGCUCAGUGCAGCAUUAACCACUUACAUCCAGAGUACAAGACAAGCUUGGAAACAAAUUUCAGCCAUUAUGAUACAGCUUGAAGAAGCUGAGCAGUUGUAUCCAACAUUGAGGGCGCUCCAUAACGACUACCCGUUAUGUCAAAUGCAGGACUUCAAUAGACGUAUAGAGACCCUUAAUAUGUGGUUAAAUGUCACAAAGGAUCUAAGCCAUAAAAUUGACCAGGCUGCGCUGAUGCUUGGAGUAAUGGACAUUGAGGGGGUUUUCUGGCCAGGAAUCCUAGAGAAUGAGUCGGAUGAGGAGGACAUAGAAAGUGCCAAAACAAAUGAUUUGAUCCAAGUUCCAUCCCCAGUGAAGUCCACAGUCGUCAAACCAAACCCAAGACGAUUAUUUGACGUUCCGGAAUCAUGUAGUUCCAGAGAUUCGACAGACACUGAAGACACAACAGUUGAACUGACACUAGAUCCAAAAGAAGAAACUAAACUCCAAAAAGCACCUAAACAGAGAUCGCGGUCGGUGACAUUUGACAUACAAGAUAACGAAGAUGCUGAUGAUGAGAAUGAUGACAGUGGAGGUGAAUCUUCACAAAACAAUCAACUACAUAGUACACCAGCCUACAAAAGUCCCAUAGAGGACUCCCCUCGCCUCAAUCGCAUUUUCAGUGAAUGCCAUUUCAGCUUUGACUACAACUCGGCCACAUCGAUGUAUCGGCCAUUUGUCGACCGAAGCCUAAAACAUAGUGGACUUAAGAAAAUGACUGCAUUGUUGUACAGGCUUCUUGGUACAACGCUACAGCGGACCAAACAGAUCCUUCAGAAGCCAUUAUGUGUUGAGGAAACGUUAACCCCGAAACGCAAGCAGAGACCUAGCAGUGUGGAUUAUGAUAUCACAUCAGGGCGACCAUUACCUUUUACUGGCUCCAUAGUGGAGGAAGCAGAUCAGCUUGAGCAGCAGCAAAAUGAUAUCUUGUCCCUUCAUGGAGCAUGGAGUACUGAAUUCCAAACGAUGGGUCUGCCAUCCUUCAUUUCAGCAUUCUUGUUUUUGUUACGGAUCCCGUUGGACAUCAUGCAUGAAUGUUUACGUUUCCGACUUGAGAACAAGCCAGCUGUGGAUCCCUCUGCUCAUAGUAUCCAACAGUUAAUAUUUGAGUGCAAGGAGGUGAUCCGCUCAUCAGUUCAUAUGAAACAGUAUUAUCAGAGUAUGACAACUGCUGUUAUGCCAGACGACCCAAAGGCCCAAGAGCAUGCUGAGAGUGAUAUUGAAGAAUUUGAGAAUGAUCUACAAGAAAUGCUACGGUCUUACUUUGAGUAUCUACAUAGCUGGAUCUUGAUGCUGCAGAAACUCCCCCAGGCUUCAAUGAGCCUUAAGAACAUCCUGGAAGAGGAGUGGGACUUUACUAAGGAAAUCUGCCCCCAUGUCAGAGGUGGAGAGGCUCAAGCAGGCAAACGAUUCUGCAUCAUGGCCAGUAAUCUCCUUGAAUCCACUCGAGAUUAUCUGGAGGUUGGAGUAGAUGAGGUGAGCUCCAUAUAUCAAGACAGCCAAUCACACGGUGACACUAUGAGGCGUAUUAUCAUCAACUCUUGUAAACGGUUCAAGUGUUUAUUUCAUGAGGUACGAGAGAGGGCAUCUAAGGCUCUUGGUUUUGCUAAGAUGCUGAGGAAGGAUUUGGAGAUUGCUGCUGAGUUUCAGAAGUUAGUUUCUACAAAGGAACUGUUAAGAGUCCUCAAGAAAUCGGAUCAUAUUAAGGUUAACACUGGAGCAGACAUCAAUGGCCAUCUGAUGUUCGUCCCUAAGCACUUGCAAGACGACACAGCCCAGAUUCUGCAACUUUUAGAUGACCUUUGCGGACGUGAGGAUAUGCCCCUCAUACCCAACGAUACCUCCAUUGCAGACAGUGUGGGGUACCUCCUCUUAGUCAGGUGCUCAGAUGGGGACAUUGUAGAGGGCCUGUAUCCGGACUGGGAAGAACCAUGUAUCCACGUUGUACCAGACGCAGAGACUACCAUUGCUCUCUUAGAUAUACAGGUGAAGAGUUUGCUCUUAGUUGUAAACCACUCGUCACAGCUUCUUGGCCAGAGGAAAGCCUUUGAGCAGGCUGUAGGUAAAUCUGCUAUCCUUACCAGUGAUCAAACAUCAAGUCACAACACUAUAGCAGAGGCACUGGAUGAGUUGAAGCAAAAUGCCCUGAACCUGUGUCAAACUACUGUUGAGACCAUUGACUUAGUGGAUAAGAAUCUGAACAUCGAUGCAAUCCAAGAAAUUGAAGAGACUGAGAAGAUUAACAUGCUGUCAUAUUUCAAGGAGACGAUGCACCAGUGUUUCUCUGUUGGAUUUGAUUAUCACAAAGAAGUGACCCGCUUGCUGUCAGGAGAGGCAAGGCAGAAACUAGCCAAGUCCAUCCAGAAUUUGGCCCACAUGUGGAUGAAGUUUGUCCUUGAAACCUGUGAGAAGGGAAGGGGUACUAGACCAAGUUGGGCAAACCACGGCAUGGAUUUUCUGGUUGUGGCCAGUGAGCCUAGAAAUGUGGCACAUCUAUCAAAUGAGGAUUUUCUUGAUAUGAAACAUCUUAUGAAUAAAUGCAUCUCUCACAUCAUUGGGACGGAGGAUAAGUCCUGCUCAAAUAGCCCAGCCUUGCCGGUGACUAGCCCCAUGUUAGAGGGAAGUCAUAAACUAAACAGAGCCUGGUCCAAGCAAUCUCGUUCUACAUCAGACUCCACUCCAUCCCCGGUACCCUUCAUAGAUCAUCUUCAAUCCACCAGCACUGAGAGAUACAUGUCGCUGGUACCCAACAAUAGCCCUACUGAGGAUAAACAAGAGCCGUCCUACCCUAAGUAUGAAAAGCGUCCCAGCCCGUGCCCUCUGUCCCCACCCCAGGCAGCGUCAGUUGCUCGUAUGUUUCGCUGCAUCUCCAAGGACAGUUCCGAGUCACUGACCAAGCUUGACCGGUGGAGUCGUGUCCGCGGCAAGCUGCAGCAGCUAGAUGAGCAACGAACUAAAAAACUGCAAGACCUGCAGAUGAUUGGACGGCUGAGUGAUAGACGAAGCAAUAAUGAGGUGGUUAAUAUCAACUGUAAGAAGGUGACAUUCAGCUGGCAACGAGGGCGCAAGAUUGGUGAGGGACAGCGUGGUACUACUGUCUACUCAUGUAUAAACAUGGAUACUGGAGAGACAAUAGCCAUGAAAGAGAUGAGAUUUCAACGGAACAACCACAGCGUUAUCAAAGACAUUGCAGAUGAGAUCAAGAACUUUGAAGGGAUUAGGCAUCCCAGCCUCGUCCACUACUAUGGGGUUGAAAUACAUCGGGAAGAGCUUCUUAUCUUCAUGGAGUACUGUGAUGAAGGGACAAUAGCCGAGGUUGCCAAAGCUGGCCUGCCAGAGGAGAUGGUCAGACGAUACGCACAAGAAAUAACUGUUGCUAUCAGUGUCCUUCAUGAGCAUGGAAUUGUACACCGAGAUAUCAAAGGUGCUAAUGUUUUUUUAUCUUCUGAUGGACAUGUCAAAUUGGGAGACUUUGGUGCUGCAAUCAAAUUGCAAAACUCAAAGACAAUGUUGGGAGAGCUCACAACAUUCACAGGAACAGCAGCUUACAUGGCACCAGAGGUCAUCACUCAGACGGGUAAAGGCAAGAAGGGUUAUGGUAGAGCAGCCGAUAUCUGGAGUUUGGGGUGCGUGGUUGUUGAGAUGGCAACAGGAAAGCGCCCUUGGCAUGAAUUUGACCAUGACUUCCCAAUCAUCUUCAAAGUUGGUGAUGGUGCUAUACCAUACAUCACAGACAAUAUCAGCGCCGAGUGUAGAGAUUUCCUCUCCAAGUGUCUCGUCCAUCAACCCAUGGAGAGAUGGUCAGCCAAUCAGCUUCUGGAUCAUCCAUUCCUAAAGGUCAACACUGGCAUUAAUUAUGAGUACGUCGGUUUGUAGUCGUCAUAGGAACCCAAGGGUACCAGAGAAUGUGAGUAUCAGUUACACAAAGGAGAUGCCAGUCAAGGAGCAAGUUUGAGUGCGCAAAUUUAGUUGACUACUGACCAGCAAAAUACAUGCGCAGUGACGGACUCGCUUGAACGACUUGUUUUGAGGCCUAGUCAACCAUCCGUACCACGGUAUUCAACACUUCAUUGCUAUCCGCGUUUUCUCUAUAGUGUCGCAGGUUCCCCUCUGCGUUUUACACAUGUAAGCAUGGAACAGGUUAUCGGGACCACGGACGAAACCAUGGUCAUGAGGUUGGUUCCAAAUGGUCGACCACAGUAGUCAACCAAUGGUCGACCAGCCUCGGUGCGAGUCAAAAUUGGCAACCUUUAGUUAACCACGGAGCGCACUCGACUUUACUCAAUGUUGUCUACUCCUUGCUCCUUAUGGAUUAUGGAAAAACUCCUGCAAUAUCCAAAGUGACCUCAACAUUCCAUUUUUAAAAUACCCUCAGUGCCUAUAACUGCAAAGCCUAACUUUAAUGCUGGUCCACACUGUGAUGGCAGCUAGCCUUUCAAUAGAAGAAUAAAAGUACAGAGGAAAUGUUGCUGAAUGAAAUGCUGUAGAAGUUUUUCAGGAAUAUAUUGUGUACGAAAUCAGUGGACAUUCCUCCAAACAACAGUUGGGAGUUCCCUGUUUAUCAUAUGAUGUGAGUGUUCCAUGGUGACCGCCUUCAUGUAGAGAAAUUUCCCUAUUCCGUCAGUGGUCCCAGCAACAUCUAUGGCAUGAAUGAAGCAACAUGGCGUGUAGUGGCAGAGCGGUUAAGAGCACUAGACUCAAACUCUGCUGUUUCUGAUCAUAGGUUCAUACAUGGUUAAAAGGAUGACACAUAACACAUGUUCCACCAAUCAAAUGAUAAUGAUAAAAAAUAUAUGUGUACACACAAGGUGCCAGACUAAACUGUACAUUGGGUUGUGCUGCAUUUGGACUGAAAAUUGCAUCCAGCAACCACAUGCACAAGGAAAACUGGUCCCUUCAAGUCGCAACUCUGUCAAUACACAGUUCUGUGUUAAGUUGCAUUCACAGGAACAUUUAUUGUGAAGGUUGGGGGGGGGGGGGCUCUGUUUAAUAUAUGCAUAUUACACUGCCUAUAAUAGUGUUUUAUACAGACAGGAUUAUUAUGGCUUUCAUAUAAAAAUGUAUAUCUUUUACCAUUUUGUGGCUUUUGGGGGCCUCGGUCAUUGUCGUAGUAACAAAACAUAUGUAAGGAAGUAUUUAUCUUUAUUUUUCAUGAGAUGUGUGUUUAGUGAAGUUUAGAUCUAUUUCCAAGUGUCAAUUUGAUCACUUUCUAAAUUUAGUCUUAAGUAUACAUGUAGCGCAUUUUACAAUAGUGUAUCAUUGCACUUUACGUUGGUGCCCAGGUUAUUAGCUAAUAACAUUCCUGUAAUCUUUCUCAGCUUUCUUGGGAGUAUACAACCUGGGUAACCAUAGCGCUUCAAAGGCUUUUUAAAACACAAUAUCAACCUCUAUACCCCUUGGUGCUUAAACACAUGACCUCAACAUGAAGGGCAAAUUAGGCCGUGUCCGAAACGGCGACUUCGGCUACAGAUACGGCUAGAUCGCGCGCGUCUGCUA